AUGCGUGAGAAGUGGGCGAAGCAGGCGGGAUCAUUUUGGCUGCGAGCCCUUGUCCCGCCUCCAAAAAUCAUGCUCCCGCCAAGCCGCCACAAAUCCUACGGCGCAAUGCGCCGUCCAUCUGGACUUGAGGUAGAUCGGCUCAUGCAGCACGCACUCCUCCACCUCUUUGCGCUCUCUUUCGCGCGAUGGGUGUUGGCCACCUUACACCUCCAAUGCGGACUUCGAGGAACUCCUGGAGCGCUUACUGUUCUCUUCCGCGCAAUGAGCGUCAACUUCUUGGAUGGCCAGAUGUUGAUCGGGGUCGGUGUUGCAGAAAGGUUGGGUCUCUGGGUGCGUGGAGGGCACGUCUAUGACCCGGCUCAGAUCCGAGCCGUGACCGUGCUGUUGGGUCCUGUUGGGUCAGAUGCCGAGACACCGCCGGAGAUGUUGCUGGCCAAGGGCAUGAUGGGCAUCAGCACCCAGAUGUGGACCAACGAGAUCCUCGUCCCUAAGAAGUGCGCCAAGCUGCAGAAGGCGUGGGGUCUGCAGGUUGCGAUGAUCAGUGACACUUCGCGGGGCUGCAAAGGUGCUUCUGCAACCUGGGUCAGCAGGAAAGAGGUGCUGCAGGAUGGGCAGGCAGUCAAACACGCCCCCACCAACAUGCGCUUCGGUACAAAAGCGUUGGGAGGAGCUUUUCUUCUGGUGGUUUUGUUUGUUGACUUGUGGACGGUGUGCAUUUUGAGCAUCCGCUUUGCCCAUGCCGGGCUGGUAAUUCACAUGUUGGCGCAUUUCAAGACGAAGAAACUGCGAGUGGCUAUGCACCUGCGGCGAGGGGACCUGCACAUCGGAACCAACCGAGGCAUGCCGGACGAGAUGUACCACAGGAUUAUGAACACCGUGCGGUCGAUCGCGGGCGACGAUGUUGAGAUCCACGUAUUCAGCUCGACCGAGAAGAACUACAAGCCUGCUUCCUUCAAGAGCUACCGCAACCGGGGUGCGGAAGUCCAUCUGGAUGGCAACGAGGUGGACGACUGGGCCCACAUGAUGCAGGCCGAUGUGCUUCUGCUGUCGCCGAGCAGCUUUGCCUGGGUGCCGGGGGUCUUCAAUCCGAACUGCGCCGCACUGCUUGCAAGCAAGGAGUCCUGGGCAUAG